AUUAAUGUCAGUAGCCUAAUAGUAAAUAUUACGAAUUUAAAAUGUCGAAAAAAAUAAUAAUUACUUUAGUGACUUUAGGAGUUAUACUAGGUGCUGGCUUGGGUGUUUUGAUCUGGUGGUUAAUUCGUGCUGACGAACUCUAUGAAACAAUACGAUUGGAAGGAAAAGGUAUUGGAGAUGUCAAGUACACGGCAGCAUAUACAAGAAUCUCGGACCAAGGAAAUAUGUUUUGGUGGUUCUACCCAACACUUUCUGCAUCUCCAACAUCUCGACCUGUAUUGAUGUGGUUACACGGAGCUACUGGAACACCACCAAGUUUUUUAGCCAACUUCAGAAUGUUUGGUCCGUAUGACAAUAACAUAAGUAGAAGAAACGACUCCUGGGUUAACGAUUAUAAUUUACUAUUCGUCGAUGCACCUUUGGGUACUGGUUUUAGUUCAAUCGUUUCCAAAAAUACCGACGAUUUUCCUGAUAUUGAACAAAAUGUCGAACAUUUACUAAGAACAUUACAGUCAUUUUAUUCUCUCCACGAAGAGUACAACAAUUCACCAAUUUAUAUUUGUGGCCAAGGAGAUGGUUCUCAAUUAGCCCUCUCAUUGGCAAUAAGAUUAUCGGAAGAAAAAGAUAUAUCUGGUAAUUUUAAAGGAGUUAUACUCGGGAAUCCUAUAGUUUCGCCAGCCUUGGUUCUUACUAAACUUGGUUUCUAUUUAGAAGAACUGGGCUACAUAGAUGAAAAAGGUCGAGCAGCUAUUAAAAAUUUGUCAAAUACAAUUACCGACUUAGUUAGCUCAGAAGAAUAUGAAAGUGCUUUCAAUCAUUUCAUUUCACUUGGAUCUUUUAUCAAUGAGAACGCUGGAGCUGUGGCUGUAAACUUAGAUCACAUUGUUGAAAAAAUGACGAGACUGCCUAAUCAAGAUUACUUCGGGGAGAUGAGUUACAUUGAAAGCGAAUUCAAUAUGAAAAAUAAUAUGAAUGAUUUUAUGAAUAACGUUGUGGCUCCAGCAUUGGGCAUUGAAGAUUCCGUUAAAUACGAUGGACGGCGAGAUGAUGCCAUACAUGCUUUCAAAAAGACUUACAUGAAACCUAAUGUUGACAAAGUGGAACACAUUCUCAAAAACACAAAUUUAAGUAUUAGUAUCUACAACGGUAAUCUUGAUGCAGUUUCAAACACUCCAGGGCAGCUCGAAUGGAUCAAUCAUCUCGAAUGGUCGGGUCAAUCAGAUUUUUUGAAUAAAACAAGAGAAACCCUUAUUUUUAACAAUAUCAUUGAGGGUUACUUUAGGGAAUCGGAAAGACUGAGAUUUUAUUGGAUAAAUGUUGCCGGUCUUUUGGUACCGUAUGAUAAUUCAAUUGGUAUUAGACGAGCGCUGAACCGAAUUGUAAAUUAG